CAAUUAAGAUUUUUCGAAGAACCUUAUCUCAAUCUACGGACCAAUUGGCUUCCUCCUUCUUCCAUCAUAUCUGAACAGUAGAACUCACUCUUUGCUUCUGCCAUUCAGUAAGAGACCGACAAAGCAGAUCCAUUCUAAUCCAGUAUGGACACUGCAUUGAACGUUCUAGAAAGAGUAAUAAAUUAUGAGGGCAUUGAUGAAAAGAUGAAAAAAUUAAAAAGGAAAUGCGACCGUUUAGAGAGUAGAGAAGAAGAUGUCAAGGCAGAGCUCCAAUAUGCGGAACGCUUAUCCUUGAAAAAACGAAGGAAAGUAGUUGAAAAUUGGUUGACAGAUGUUGCAAGCAUAAAGAAUGAAGUUAAGAUGAUGGAGCAACAAGUUCGUGAAAGUAGCUGGUUUUCUUCACAUUUGCUACAUGAAUCAAAAAUAGCAAGAUUAACAGAAGGAGUGACAGAACUCAUUCAGCAAGGUCAAUUUCCUAAGGGGCUUACACUUGAGGUACAUGGCAACCAACAGACUGAGUUAAUUACAACAAAAUUAAUCGGUCAAAAAUUUCAGCAACAUAAAAUUGUGGUAUGGGAACGGUUGAGGAGCGGUAAUGUCUCAAAAAUUGGCGUAUAUGGAAUGGGGGGAGUUGGUAAAACAACCUUGGUUACACCUAUUCACAAUGAACUUCUUGCUCAUCCAGACUUCACUGUUUCAUGGGUGACUGUGUCACAGAACUUUAGUAUUCGAAAACUGCAGAGUAACAUUGCAAAAAAAACAGGUCUCAUACUAGAAAAUGAUGAUGAUGAGAGGGAAAGGGCUGCGAAUCUAGCACAGAGCUUAAGAAAGAUGAAUAACUUAGUGCUCAUCUUAGAUGAUGUGUGGCAAGAUUUUGAACCGUAUCUUGAGGUGGGAAUUCCUCUAGGUAGAAAUGAAUGUAAGUUGAUUUUGACAAGUCGAUCAUCAGAAGUUUGUGAUAAGAUAGGUUGUGAAGCAAAAAUCAAAGUGGGGGAGCUUUCUGAGAAAGAAGCUUGGGAGUUAUUUAUUGAUAAACUUGAGCAUGGCGGAGCACUUUCUCCUGGAAUCGAAGCCAUUGCAAGGUCACUCACCAAAAAAUGUUCUGGUUUACCUCUUGGGAUUAUUACCAUGGCAGGAUCCAUGAAGGGGAAGGAAGACAUAAUUGAGUGGCAUGAUGCACUUGAAAAAUUGAAUAAUUCAGUGGCAGAGCAUCAUGAUGACAUGGGACUUAAGGUAUUUAAAGUAUUAAAAUACAGCUAUGAUCAAUUGAAAGAUCCAAAAGUGCAACAGUGUUUUUUAUAUUGCUCACUGUUUCCUAAGGACUAUAACAUCGACAGAGAAAUAUUGAUUGAGCUUUUUAUUGAUGAGGGAUUCGCUGAUGGAUUGAGGAGUAGGCAGGCGGAAUUGGAUAGGGGCCACACCGUGUUGAACAAACUUGAAAAUGCCUGCUUAUUGGAAGCUGGUAUAAACUGGCUUGAUGAGAAAAAGUAUGUGAAGAUGCAUGAUUUGGUAAGAAGCAUGGCCAUCCAAAUUGGAAGAGCUAAAUUUCAAUUUUUAGUAGAAGCUGGAGAACAAUGGAGAGAGAUACCAGGAGAAGAAAAGUGGGCAGAGGAUCUUAAAAAAGUUUCUUUAAUGGAUAAUCUCUUAUCACAUACUCCUUCUAGUAUAUCGCCAAAGUGUCCGAGACUUAAAACACUGAUGCUAAAUCGUAAUUUCCACCUAGAAAUCAUUCCAGAUUGUUUUUUCGGUCAUAUGCCUCAGCUCAGUGUUCUUGAUUUGUCUCAUACGGGAAUCAAAAAUCUGCCCACAUCAAUUUCUGAGUUGGUGAAUCUAAUUGCGCUAUGGCUUGAAGGGUGUCAGGAAUUGAAGUAUGUACCCUCUUUAGAAAACCUCAAGGCAUUAAGGAGGCUGAACCUUAGAAAGACAGAUAUAACAGAAGUACCCCAUGGUUUGGAUAUGCUGUUGAAUCUGAGAUAUCUCAAUCUUGAAGAAACAGCAAUAGAAGAGAUAUCAGAUGGCAUUUUAUCCAAACUAUCUUGUCUUCAAUAUCUUGCAAUUGACUCUCAACUUGAUCUGUCAGAUAUCACAAGAAAAGUGAGAGGACAGGAGAUAGUGGAGCUGAGUAAGCUUGAAACAUUUAAAGGCUACUUGUAUGAUGUGAGCGACUUUAAUACGUAUGUAAGAUGGAGAGAAGAAAAUGGGGGCCCCAAUAAUUAUGUACUUCUGUUGACAAUGAGGGCGUUGACAGGGACGAUAAAAUACAUUGAUACUAAGGAUGAACUAUCUAAGAAAGAUGUACGUUUAUUUGGAUGCAAGAUAAGUAAAAGCAAAGGUGGAGAAGAGUCAUUUGUGCUCCCUAAAGAUGUUCAACAUCUGUUAAUGGAAAACUGCAACGAUACUGCCAGUUUAUGUGAUAUUCCGUCAUUGCACAAUGCAACCAAGCUGAGUGGGUGUGAAAUUAGCAGUUGUCAAGGGAUGGAACAUGUUGUUUGUUCGUGCUGUAGCCUCCCUCUCAUUCAAUAUCUUGACUCAUUAGACCUUUAUGACUUGAAGGAGUUGAGGGCUUUGAUUGGGGCAGAGAGAUGUUGUGCAUCUGCAUCAUCAAAUCUACUCCAACCUGAUAUGUUUUCCUCUCUUCGACGAUUCUUUUUAUAUGAUUGUCCAAAAAUAAAGAGGUUGUUCAUGCGUGAUCUGCUACCUAAUCUUAAGAACCUUGUCGAAUUGGCAGUUCAUAAUUGUCACCAGAUGGUGGAAAUAAUAGGAGAUGCAUCAGAUGAAGAUGAAGAUGAUGAGAACGAGGACGCAGUAAGUGCAACUAGUAGUAUCAUACACUCUCUCCCCGCAUUAACUCAGCUACGGUUGUUCGGACUUCCAAAAUUGAAGAGAUUUUGUACUACUAAAAUAGCUUUUGACUCUCUGAAGAAGAUUGAUAUAUAUCAAUGUCCGAAGCUGUCCUUCAAUGGAGAUAGAGUACAAAAUGACGGAACUUAUAGAGUGGUCAAUUCUCGCAUAGGUGAGCGCAUAGGAUGAGGAAUUUUAAGAUGGUGGGGUGGUCGGAAGUGAAGACAGUCAAAGCACUGCACAUGUUUGGUGGUCUGUCAUAAGUACUGCAAUUCCUCGUUUUCUUUCAUAAUCUUCAUCAAACAGCUAGCUGUUGCUCUUCUUCACCAUUAAUCAUCAUCAUCAUCAUCAUCUUGUCCUCUUCUUCUGCAAAUGUAUUGGGUAGUGAGAUUCCGACAUGCCUGUUAUUCUUUUUUGAAAAUUAAAAAAAAAAAAUGCGUGUUAUUCUUUUUUCUUUUUUUAAAUAUUUUGUAAUUCUAGAUUUUGAAAAUCUAGCUUUCUUCAUACGCUUCUUCUCUAUUUUGGUUUUAUAGAAAUGAGUAUUGCAGUCUCUUAGCAAUCA